UUUAAUCCCUAUUCGCUAAGAUUCUUUGGACAAGACACAGGCAUCCACAGAGCCACCUUAAUUUUUGUUCCCUGUACAAAAGAAAAGAUGCCAUACAUGAUCUAUGCAUCCUGUCCUAUAAAGAUUGCCUGAGCGUUCAUAUUGCCUUAUUAGUUUCCCUGGCUCCUAACAUAUUCACACCUCCAUUCCCAAGACUUUUGCGUUUGAGAGUCAUGAUUAAGGAAGUCAAAACUCAAGUAAAUGUUGGGGUUGAGGUGGAUGUCUUAUGGAAAGCUUUUGGUAAGGAUUUGAAGGAUAUUCUUCCAAAAAUGAUGCCAAAUUUAGUGAAGGAUGCUGAUAUGCUUGAAGGUGACGGUGGCCUUGAUACAGUCUACCUCUUUAACUUCGGCCCCGGUUUAAAAACUAUGACAUACCAGAAAGAAAGGGUUACAGAGUUUGAUGAGUUUGUUCAUCGAAUCGGGCUUGAAGUAAUAGAAGGAGGACACCUGAAUCAUGGUUUUUCUCAUUACAAGACAACUUUCCAGCUUACUUCAACUGGAGAGCAGGAGACCCUAAUUGAUGUCGCAAUCUCAUACGAGUCUCAAGUAGAAGAAGACACCAUACCAUCAAAUUCAGCAUCAUCAACAUUAGUUUUCAUCAAGCACAUGGAAAAUUAUUUGAUGAAUGGUGCUACUUAGGUUGUUUGCAUUUCCUGGGACUGUGAUCUGUUGAGUCCGACCUAAGUACUGUAAUAAAGGGGAGGGCAUUUCAUUUGGA